AUGAUUGCGUCGCGCCGUGUACCGAUUCAUACCGCUCGUCAUUAUGUGACGACCACGACAUCAGCCGCUUCCUCUCGAGCGGCGCGAUAUGGGCGAACAACAGCUUACAGACAAAUAACUUUGCCCAACAGACAGUCACCAUCUCUACAACACCAUAUUUCAUUCGCACCCUUCUCUCCUCGCCUCAUUCCUUCAAACCAGAUAUUACGUCGAUCCUUACACACCUCCCAAAUACAAUACCAACAGUCUCAACCCAAAGAAGAGGUCCGAGAUCCACCUAGGAACGAGCAGCCAAAACAGGAAGCCAGUGAGGAGAAAGACCAAAAAACAGAGUCGGAAGGAGAUAAAGAAAGGGGCGAAAAAGAAAAGGAAGGAAAGGAUGCAAAAGAAGACGCACCUCCUCCGCCACACGGAGACAAAACACCGUGGCAGGUCUUCACUGAGACUCUUCGCACUGAGUUCAAAGCCUCCAAAGAAUGGAACGAGUCCACCAAACAACUAUCUGGCUCUGUUCAACAAUUCACAGAAUCGGACGCUGUUCGCAGAGCCAGAGAAGCGUCUGAGGCGGCAACGAAGGGAACUUCUGAAGCGCUCAAAACCACUGGCCGUGUGAUUGGACAAGGAGCUGCCUGGACCUGGGACACGAAAGUCGUGCAGGGAAUCAGAGAAGGUGUCAAUGCAACUGGCCGUGGCAUUGAAAAGGCCUCUCGUCCUAUCCGAGAAACGAAAGCAUUUAAAGACGUCUCAGAAGCAAUUGACGACGGGAGCAGUUCGAGAUAUGGAGGAUGGACUGAGAAAGAGGAGAGGCGGAAGAGAAGAGAAGCUCGAGAACUGAAAGACCGAGCUUCUGGCAAAAUCCCUGCGGAGCCAUUGGUCGAGGAUCCAAAUGCUGGAACCAACGUCACCGUUCACAAAGACGCUGCAUGGAAGGAGUCCUGGACUAAUUUCAAGGAAAACUCCAAACUCAUGCAGGGGCUGUUUAACAUGAAAAACACCUAUGAAGAAUCAGAAAACCCUCUUAUCUCAACGGCUCGAUCAAUCUCCGAUCGCGUGGCCGGAUUCUUCGCGGAAAACGAGACAGCCAUGGUCAUCAAGAAAUUCCGUGAAAUAGAUCCGUCCUUCCAACUCGAGCCUUUCCUGCGAGAUAUGCGAGAGUACAUCCUGCCGGAGGUUUUGGACGCGUAUGUCAAGGGCGAUGUGGAAACUCUAAAGCUAUGGCUCUCCGCUGCACAGUUUCAGGUUUAUUCAGCCCUGAUGGAGCAAUAUACCAAGGCUGGAUUAAAAUCGGACGGGAGAAUCUUGGAUAUUAGACACGUCGACAUCCUCAACGCCAGGCUCUUGGAACCCGGUGAUAUCCCGGUUUUUAUCAUCACCUGCCGAACACAAGAAGUCCAUGUAUACCGAAAUAAAAAGACCAAUGAACUUGCCGCCGGCAUGGAGGACAAGGUCCAACUGGUGACAUAUGCCAUUGGGGUCACGAGGUUACCAGAAGAAGUCAACAACCCAGAGACACGUGGCUGGAGAAUGAUCGAGCUACAGAAAGCGGCGAGAGAUUACAUCUGA